AUAGUUUUUAGUAUAAAUAGGAGAAGCUUAAACCCCAAGUGUCACCAUGAACCAACAACAUUCAAGGAAGAAUCAGAGAACAAGGAGUGAAAGAUCGAAUAUCCAAAAAUGGAGCAAAAUGAACUCCGAAAGGGUCCGUGGACGGACCAAGAGGACAUGAUCCUGAUCAACUUUGUGCACUUGUUCGGCCAUCGACGAUGGGAUUAUAUAGCCAAAGUUUCAGGUUUGAACCGAACCGGGAAGAGUUGCAGGUUACGUUGGGUUAAUUACCUUCACCCUGGUCUUAAAAGAGGCAAGAUGACACCCCAAGAAGAGCGCCUUGUCCUUGAACUUCAUGCCAAAUGGGGAAAUAGGUGGUCGAGAAUUGCUCGGAAAUUACCUGGCCGUACCGACAACGAGAUCAAGAACUACUGGAGAACUCACAUAAGGAAAAAGGCUCAAGAAAAGAAAAAGCCUAUGUCAAGGACCGGAAAGGUAAGUUUUUACGACACCGGAGGGCCGAACACGGCAGCUUCGGAAGGGGAAAAAAGUCAGGAAUUCGAAGACGAAAAGGGGUAUUCCAUGGAUGACAUAUGGAAGGAUAUUGAUAUGUCUGAGGAAAAAAUGAUAAAACCUUUAACUGCUAACUAUUGUGAUCAAGAUUGCUGCAAUAUUUUUUGUCAUUCAAUGGAGAAGGACAUUUCCUGGGACUCAUUGUGGAAGAUGGAAGAAGACGAGAGUAAGAUGUUCCUCCCUUUCAAUCAAUCAAUUUCUUACUUUGAAUACGGGACAUCGUAUUUAACCGGCUAGUUAGAAUUCAUUUACUUAUUCAUAUAUAUAUAUGACAUUACUUGUCUCCUAAGGCAACUCUUUAACACCUGAGUUUUUCACAUCUCAUAUUGCUGCAUAUCAGUGUAAUCGUCUCAUGCUGUAAUCUAAAAGUAAGGGAUUUAAA